CUUCAGCUGCUCCACUCACCUCACCAUGCAUAAUCGCUGUGAACUGGUGAUAUUCAUACUGGCAAUGACUGUUCAUACAGAGGCAGUACAUGAAGGUCGUGAGGCUGUGCCACAUAGUAGACCAUACAUGGUGCUUGUUGAGAAGAUUCUAGUAGAUGGUAGAACUACAUACUGUGGUGGUUUCCUUCUAAAUGAGCAUUUUGUGAUGACUUCAGCCACUUGUGAUGCCAGAUCCUACAGAGUCUUUUUAGGACUUCACAGUUUCUAUAACCAAAAAAAUGUUCAGAUCAUAGAUGUGGAAAACGCAUUUCCACACCCAGAUUUCGACAGCAAGGAUUUUAAACAUAACAUAAUGUUACUUGAGUUAAAAUCCAAGGUAACAUUGAACUCCAAUGUGAGACCAGUUGAUGUUGCAGAUGAUUUUGAUCCUGCUCCAAAAUCAUGCAUCAUCUCUGGGUGGGGAUUCCAUGUGACAGCCUCUAUGGCUACUUAUCUCAGGGAAGUCAGUGUAACUCUACUUCACUCCAUGUCAUGCAAAAUGGACGAGUCUUACUGUUCUGAGGGAGAACAGGGACCUGGUGAAGCAGAUGCAGGUGCUCCACUGGUCUGUGAAAACGGAAAGGCUUAUGGGGUGGUGUCUGCCACCUAUGUGGACACCCAAGGGGGCCUGAAGGUGCAUCAUUAUACCAAGAUUCUUGACUACAGAGACUGGAUUGAGUCCAUCAUGACAACUGUGUCAGACACAAUAUUCAAGUCAUACUGGUGUGGAGCUUUGAAACCCACGGUUCCUGAGCCAGAUGCAGAUUAGAUUAGAUUAGACUUUAUUGAACCCACAAUGGGUAUUUUCAAAGAUCAAGGCAGCGACAGAAUAAAGUGCAAGAAAACAUGUGCAUGCAGAAAGAUUGUGCAGAAGACAAAGUAUAAAAUAAUAAUAAUAAUAAUAAUAAUAAUAAGAAGAAGAAGAAGAAGAAGAAGAAGAAGAAGAAGAAAUAAAUAAAAACUCAAAUUACUAUAUACAUAUUUACAACAGAGUGGAAUUGCAAUAUGUCCGACGGUACAGAUGAGACACAUACAGGACAGGGUUACACUGUUGGUGGAAAUAAACGACCUGUGAGUCAAUCAGUCUUUAUGGUCUGAUGUAGUUCUUCUCUUCGGUGGUCUUGU